AUGGUGUCAGAAAUCGUGACUUGUGUGAUUUUAAUGCUUGUGGGUAUUGCUUUUUUGGUCAUAGUUCUUGUAUGUUUAGUUGAGAGAGGAUCAGGGAACACUCAAGAAAGCGCCGAAAGAACUACUUUGAUACAAAGAAGUAGUAACAUGUCAGAAGAUGAUGUAAAGAAUUUGCCAUGGUAUGAUUAUCAAGAAGAUGUGGAAAAAGGAGUUGAGUGUGCUGUAUGUUUGGAGGGUUUUAAGCCAGGUGAUAAGUGUAGAUUGUUGCCAAAUUGUAGGCAUACUUUUCAUGCUAAUUGUAUUGAUUCAUGGCUCAUUAAGACUGCUGUUUGUCCAGUUUGUAGGACUUAUGUUGAUACCAUUAAUGUUCAAAAUUGA